AUGAUCUGUCCAUCCUAUGUUCUGCUGUACGCUGGUCGUCACUGCUUGGCUGUGGGUCGGCUGCACCUGCUAGAAACCGAUAGACAGCUGUGCAACGACGGUCGCUCGAUCACUUGGGAUCCAGGGAAGCGUCCGGGGAAGGACUGGCUCGCUGGCUUCCUCAAGAGGCACCCACGGGUGUCGGAGCGCACGACUCGCAUCUACGAGUCAAACAGAAUCACCGAGGACAAGGAGCCUCGCAACGUCGAGUACUACAAGAAGUGGGCAGCUCUCUUCGACGAGCACAAGCCGGAGGCCGACCACGUGCACAACACGGACGAGACAGGUACCACACCGCAAGGCACGAAGACGAUGAAGGCCUUCGCGGAGGUAGGGCAGAAGGUGGUUGAGUCGAUGCGGUCCAACUCGCGAGAGAACGCCACCGUGGUCACCACCAUCAGCACCAAUGGUGUCACGUGGGCGCCAACCAUUAUCUUCAAAGGACAGCGACUCCAGCUUGACUGGUUCGCCGAGAGGAACGGCCCGAAGGAUGCGAGGUACACAUGCACGGACUCUUCGUUCAUGCAGGGCGACGUGUUCAUCAAGUACCUCAAGGACUUCUACAAGCAGCUUGACGACCGAGGCGUGCUCGACGGAAAGCCGCACAUCCUCGUGCUUGGUGGGCAUGCCUCACUCGUGAGCUACGAGGUCAUCAAAUUGGCCAUGGAACUCAAUAUCAUCCUCUUCCAGCUGCCCUCCCACACGUCGCACAUCACCCAGCCGUUGGACGUCGUCGCUUUCGGAACCUUCAAGAAGGAGGUGACUAAAGUGCUGCAAGACUACUACCACGCAAACGGCGGGUCGUUACCGCUGAAGCGUGACGUGCCCAGCGUGAUCGCGGCGGCUUGGCAAAGGAGCUUCACACCGGAGCGGAACAAAGCAUCCUUCGGCGGGGCGGGGCUGUGGCCUCUGGAAGAGGCCAUCGGAGAGAGGGUCCUGAGGCAGUUGAAGGCGGGAGGACAAACCAUUACCGGACUCAAGGUAGGCACGGUGAUGCUCGGCGGUCUCCUGACUCAGAGGAAGCGCGCCAAGAAACUGACGACCUCGCGGGGCUCUUUGGGCCUUCCCGACGGAGGCAACAUCAACUCGGAAGAAUUCCUGGCAAAGGUUAACAGGGAGCGCGCAAGGAAGAAGGAAGAGGCGGCCGCGGCGGCGGCGGCGCGGNAGGGGGGCGCGGGAUGGGGGAGGGACGUGAGGCUACCGGGCAAGGGAGGGGGCGGGGGGCGGCGGGGGGGGGACGCGGCCGAACAGGGGCUGGAAGAGGGGCCUCACCUGGCCGUGGUCAAGGAGCGGCUGCAGCACAAGGGGCGGCUUUGCCCGUUCGCCAGCCGGCACCUCCCUGUCCCGGGUUGGACGGCAGCGGGCGCCGACACCCGUUGUUGACGUGUAGCCGCCUAUGAGGCUCACCUUGGUUUGUUUUCUACCACACUCAGAGUAGGACAAAACAAGCUACAAAAGUCGUCAGUUUUUGAGUGAAGUCGAGACGUACCCUGUUGCACGUUGCUUGUUGAUAGUAGCGUAGGCAACGGUGGCGUUAUAGCAUGCCAAUGAGGCGGGAGGGGGCGGCGGGGGGCGUUUGACCGAAAACCGGGGAUAUCGUGAUUCUGUCCCCGGGUGACCUUUUUUUUUUGCGAUAAAUGUUUCUCAUUCAUGUCUGAAUGCUCCCUCCAAAUUUUAUGUCGUGGGGAUGUAUGCACAGUCCAGAAUAGACUAUCCAGGGUUAGUGGUGUACGGGGCUGAUUCUUGCCGUAGCGGCACGCAAAAUACCGAAAAUAUACACAUUUUUGAACAACUAUUUUUUGACCGUAACAACUCCUUU